UACUUCCUGUAUAAAUGCCCUACACAGUGCUUAAAUUGCUGACGUCUACACCCUACUUAGUGCAGUAUAUGUGUACUAGAGAGGUAUUUGGAUUACAGCCACAAUGUGACAACUUGUUGAUCUGCAAACUGAAGUCUGCAGGACAAAUUUGGCCGUAAGUCAUGUCUCCUCUGAGCGGGAAGGUCCAGACGGUCCUGGGCCCGGUGGAUCCUGACCACCUGGGUCGCACCAUGACCCACGAGCACCUGACCAUGAGCUUCGAGUGCUGCUUCGUCCCGCCGGCUCCAGGACGUGAGGACAAUUCCUUGGCACCCAUCCAGCUGAAGAACAUUCACUGGCUCCAGCAGAACCCGUACAGCCACCGCGAGAACCUCCUACUGUGCCAGGAGAUCGAGGCAGUGCGAGACGAACUGGUAUGCUUCAAGAAGGCUGGAGGAGGCACCAUUGUGGAGAACACGACGACGGGUAUAACUCGAAAUCUGCCCGCUUUACGCCAGCUGGCCAAGGACACAGGGGUCAACAUCGUGGCAGGGGCCGGUUACUACGUGGAUGUCACUCAUUCUGACGAGACGAGGAAGAUGACAGUGGAGAAGCUCACUGAUGUUAUCGUGACCGAGGUGUCGCACGGCGCUGAUGGCACAGAUAUCCGCUGUGGUGUGAUUGGAGAGAUCGGCACAGGCUGGCCAAUCACAGAGAGCGAAAAGAAAGUACUACGUGCCACCGCACAUGCUCAGACACAGCUGGGAUGUCCGGUUAUCAUCCACCCGGGCCGGAACCCCGCCGCCCCUGGCGAGAUAGUCCGAAUCCUUCAGGAGGCUGGAGGAGACGUCUCUAAAACCGUGAUGUCUCAUCUGGACAGAACCAUAUUUGACCACGGUGAGUUGCUGGAGUUUGCGAAAUUAGGAAGCUAUCUUGAGUACGACCUCUUCGGCACAGAAAUGCUGGAUUACCACUUCAAUUUGGACAUCGACAUGCCUAGUGACAGCCAGAGGGUUCAAACCCUGGCGUUUCUAAUUAAAGAGGGCUAUGAGGACAGGAUCGUCAUCUCUCAUGAUAUCCACACCAAGAACCGACUGACCAAAUACGGUGGCCACGGAUACUCCCACAUCCUGAAGAACAUCGUCCCCAAAAUGCUUUCCAGGGGCAUCAGCCAAAAGCAGGUGGACAAGAUACUGAUAGACAACCCCAAGCAGUGGCUAACCUUUAAAUAGAUCUGAUGUUUAAAUCUGAUGAAGGGAUGAUAACCAACCAAAGAGUCAUGUGAUCAUGCAGAAAAAGCGUUGUGCUCUAUGAGGAGAAAUAACUGCUUGGGAUUUUUGCAAUAAUACCUUUUGACGCUACCUUCUAUAAUAUUCUAAAAUCUUCGAAUUGAUAAAAAGCGAUGUAUUUUUACAGCUUCAACUACGACAUGAUUGUUGUGUGUGUGAAAUUCAGCGAAUUCACAGUGGAUGCUUCACCUUGGCUACUCAGUCAUUAUCCAAUUAAGAUAAAUCCAAAUAGAUUUCAAGGCUGUUGUUUUGUGUAACUCAUCAGGGAAAAUGGCUGGAUUUGAUUCAUUAGGAGCACAAUUAAAGGAGGGUUUCGGGACAUCGUUCAAUACUCCAGAUAAAAUUGAAUAGGACGCCUUUUGAUUUCAGACAAAUACCUUCUGCUAAUCAUUCUGCCUCAAUGGGACGUCACGUCAAUGCAAUGUCUGGACUGUGAUUGUGCUUUUUCUUUUUUUUUUUUCAUCCAAUCCUAAUUAAAAAUGCAAUCCAACAAUGCGGCAUUUAUUCGCUAUAACAACACAAACUAACUGCAGGGAAAUAGCACUUUGCAAAACCUUUAAGGUGACUCGCUGCUGCUUAAUUUGGCAUAUCUAUCUAUGCAUUUUUAAAUUUAACAGUUAAAUAUUCACAAUUAAUAAUCAAUAGUCCAAAUAGCUUGUUAUUUGAGAUGCAGUUUUGGAUUUUUAGAUUUUAAUGCUCAUCGUCUCUUUGCUUUCAAUAUAUAAUAUUUUUUGAUGGAUGAUUUGAUGAUGUAUAUUCGGCAUGUUUGUGUUUUUUUUUUCAUUUUGGCAAAUGAAGAUUGAAUUUAUAGCACUGUGAAAAUGAAACACUGAAUAAACACUUACAAUAAAUUAAAAGUAUGAAAGGAAAUAAUGCAAUUUGUAAUGAUUUGUAUUGGUAGAAAUUCUAUUAAAAAAUACUUAUUCACUUGAAA